AUGAUGUUUUUGAGUAAAAACGAAUGGAAUCAGAGAAACAUGUCGUCAAGCAAUCAUGGCACAGCUUCUGUGGAAACAUUAGCUGAAGUGUUUCGUUGUUUUAUUUGUAUGGAAAAAUUACGCGAUGCUCGACUCUGUCCACAUUGUUCGAAGCUGUGCUGUUAUCCAUGCAUUCGACGUUGGCUCACUGAUCAACAUCAGUGUCCACAUUGCCGAGCUACACUUCAAAUACAAGAUCUUGUUAAUUGUCGAUGGGCUGAAGAAGUGACAACACAACUUGAUACACUUAAAAUUAACGAAAUUAGUAAACAAAAAUGCGAAGAAAAGGACAAAUGUGAAGUACAUAAAGAAAAAUUAACUGUUUAUUGCUCAACAUGUUCCAAAUGUAUCUGCCAUCAAUGUGCUCUAUUCAACGGUUCGCAUUCUGGACAUAGUUUUCUUCCACUUGACGAUGUGUAUAAAACAAAUGUAUCGCUGGUCAAUGAACAUCUGACAAAAUUAAAACGGCGACAUGUUGAUCUGAUUUGUCUAGCUCAAGAUGUGGAACGUAAUGUUGAAAAUGUGAAAAUGGCCAAAGAUGAACGUUAUCGAGAGAUUCAUAAUGUCAUGCAAACCAUGCAGGCGAAAUUAGAAGAACAAUUCAAGAUUAAAAUGGAUGCUUUAAACGCUCAACGUACUCAACUGUCUGAAGAGACCGAAUUAAUUGAACAUACUCUUCAUAAUAUCGAAGUUCGUCUAUCGAACAACGGCAAAGCGGAAGUCAUCAAUAAACAACAAGAUCUUCUCGAGUCAAUUCAAAGCAUUUGCCAAAAACCUAUGAUCAACUACGUGACUACACCGAUAACUUGUGAUUUUCUCAGUGAAAUUGUUCCGCCAUAUCAUUCCAACACAUUCAUAAUAACCAAUUUUACACUUCGUCGUCAAAAUGUCGAUCCUAUUUACAGUCAACCAUUACAUAUCAACGGUCUAACAUGGCGUUUGAAAGUUUAUCCUGAUGGAAACGGUACUGUUCGAGGCACAUAUCUAUCCGUUUUUCUCGAAUUAACAACUGGCUUAAGUGAAUCAUCGAAGUACGAAUAUCGAAUUGAAAUGAUUCAUCAAAUGAGUAAAGAUUUAUCGAAAAAUAUCGUUCGAGAAUUUGCAUCCGAUUUCGAAGUUGGAGAAUGUUGGGGUUAUAAUAAAUUUUUCUCUCUUGACGCUUUGACAAGUGAAGGUUUUCUCGAUAUAAUCAACGAUACAUUAAUCAUUCGCUUUCAAGUUCGUCCGCCAACAUAUCAGCAGCAAUGUCGUGAUCAGCAGUGGUAUAUGAAACAUUUAGAACAUGAUAAUCAACAUUUGAAUAGCGAAAUUAAGAGUUUGCAAGAAAAGGUUCUUUUAUUAAUUUCGAAAAACCGAUUGGACGGAAAGAGAAUCUCAAUCGCCGGCCUUGAUGAUUAUCGCGAAGGUGACCAACAUACAGAAACCGUCAUCGAUAUUAGUGAAAUGAAUGAUAAUGAUGAUGAUGAAUAUAUGUUUCUUAAGUCCAAUCAAACCGCUUCUGAUGAUGACGAAAAUAAUUUAGCAGAAAAUGAUGUUGAAAACGAAUCACCUUCGUCGAAUAGUGAUCAUUCAACAGCAGGUGAACAGAAUCUUUAUCGUUGUGUAUCACCUCGCUCAAAUGAAGCGCAUCCUGGUCGAACAACAAUUUCAGUAACCGGAGCAGGCAAAACAAGUUCUAUCACAACUGAUCCCGUCGUCUUAAACCGAAUAAGAGAUGAGAAUGAUGAAGAAGUACAAAAUGCAUUCAAUGCAUCCAAAUAUGAAUCAACUAUUUUUGAUGAUGCAUUACCAUUUAUUAUCGAUGAUAAUAUGAUACUUUCAACUAUUCUGAAACGUAGUUCAACCAAUGAACCGAAUGCAAUGUUACAUUCCAAUGAUAACAGUGGUUCAGUUUUAUUUCGACCCAUUCCACAGAAUAAUACCAACGAAUCGGCUCAGACGUCCAGUGGUUUUCUGCCGUACCAUCCUCCUCAAAGUCAAACAUCAUUAAACAAUCUAAUGCUACUCAAUUCUCAGAGUUAUCCAAUGCGAUCGCCUAACGAUCGUCAAUCCCGUCCACGUUCGCACCAUCGCCGCGCAAAUCCAACUCAACCAAAUAUCUCGGAAGAGAUCAAAUCUGAACCAAACAAUUCUAUUCCGAAAAAAUAA